UGACUGAGGUGGGGAGCGGGGCCCGGCGGGCUGUCAGGGGCCGGGAGGACCGUGCAGGCUCAGCCCAGCGCGGGCAAGUGGGGCUUGCGGUGGAACGCUGGCUGCUGGGGAAGGGAGCAAACGUAACUGUCCCCCUGGGGAAGGGGACAAGUCCCCGACUGCCUGGCUCUUCCGCUCUUGCGGUAACUUUGGGGUGUGGCAGGGGUUAGGGACGGGCGCUCACCCCGGAUCUGGGCGUGAAGGAGGUCAUCGUGGUCACGAUGGGGUUAGAGUCUUUCUCGCGGCCACUGGGGGAAUAAAACCAAUGUUUGUAAACCAGAUUAUCCGCGGUGACUUGGGGCCUCCUCUACUGCUCGUCUAAGUUAAAGGCCUGUUUCUUCAAACUUCCUCUCCUCUCCCUCUCCUCUGCGGUCUGCUUACCGGCCAAGCCCAACCGGGGACGGGGGCAGGGCCACGAGGUUCCUGGUAAGGUUGAAAGACUUGAGGGUGUAAGACUGUGUUGGAGUGAGCCUGUGUGAGAGAAGGAAGAUUUGGGGGAUUGCUUCAGUGUGAGUGUCGGGGGAGUCCCUGAGUCCCAGAGCCACACCAUGUCAGGGAAACGGAAGCGAGUGGUGUUGACUAUUAAAGAUAAGCUUGAUAUAAUCAAGAAACUGGAAGACGGAGGUUCUUCCAAACAACUGGCAGUGAUAUAUGGAAUCGGUGAGACAACAGUUCGGGAUAUAAGAAAAAAUAAGGAAAAGAUUAUAACUUAUGCAAGCAGUUCUGAUUCCACAAGUCUUCUGGCCAAGAGGAAAUCUAUGAAGCCAUCCAUGUAUGAGGAACUGGACAGAGCCAUGCUGGAAUGGUUCAACCAGCAAAGAGCAAAAGGGAAUCCCGUGUCCGGACCAAUUUGUGCAAAAAGAGCGGAAUUCUUCUUUUACGCUUUGGGAAUGGAUGGUGAUUUUAACCCCUCUGCCGGUUGGUUAACUCGUUUUAAGCAGCGGCACAGCAUUCGAGAGAUUAACAUUAGAAAUGAAAGAUUAAAUGGAGACGAGACUGCUGUGGAAGAUUUUUGUAACAACUUUCGAGACUUUAUUGAACGUGAGAAUCUGCAGCCUGAACAAAUCUACAAUGCAGAUGAAACUGGACUCUUUUGGAAAUGCCUGCCUUCCAGGACUUCAGUAAUCAAAGGUAAAUGCGCUGUCUCUGGGCACAAGUCAGUUGAAGAAAGAGUCACUAUCAUGUGUUGUGCCAAUGCAACAGGUUUACACAAACUUAAACUUUGUGUUGUGGGGAAAGCAAAGAAACCUCGCUCGUUCAAGUCAACUGACACCUCAAACCUGCCAGUCUCUUAUUUCAGCCAAAAAGGUGCCUGGAUGGAUCUUUCCAUUUUCCGACAGUGGUUUGAUAAAAUCUUUGUGCCACAAGUUCGAGAGUACUUAAGAUCCAAAGGCCUGCAGGAAAAGGCUGUGCUCUUGUUGGAUAAUUCACCAACACAUCCAAAUGAAAAUGUCCUGAGGUCAGAUGAUGGCCAAAUAUUUGCUAAAUAUUUGCCACCUAAUGUGGCUUCGUUGAUUCAGCCCUCAGAUCAGGGAGUCAUAGCGACAAUGAAGAGAAACUACCGUGCAGGUCUUCUCCAGAACAACUUGGAAGAAGGUAAUGACCUCAGAUCAUUCUGGAAGAAGCUAACUCUGCUAGAUGCGCUUUAUGAAAUAGCAAUGGCAUGGAAUUUAGUAAAGCCAGUUACCAUUAGCAGAGCAUGGAAGAAGAUUCUCCCUACUAUAGAGGAGAAAGAAGGCUUGGACUUUGAUGAAGAAGAUAUUUCAGUGGCUACUGUGGCCACCAUUUUGCAACACACGAAAGGAUUGGAAAAUGUGACUACUGAGACCAUUGAAAGAUGGCUUGAAGUGGACAGUACUGAACCAGGCUAUGAAGUAUUAACUGACAGUGAAAUCAUCAGAAGAGCACAAGGCCAGACAGAUGAAUCCAGUGAAAAUGAGGAGGAGGAAAUAGAACUGAUUCCAGAGAAACAUAUUAAUCAUGCAGCUGCUCUCCAAUGGACUGAAAAUUUAUUGGAUUAUCUAGAACAGCAAGGUGAUAUGAUUCUGCCUGAUAGACUGGUGAUACGUAAACUUCGAGCCACCAUCAGAAAUAAACAGAAGAUGACGAACUCAAGUCAAUAAUGGCAUUUCAAUGUUAUUAUUGUUUUGGUAAUUGUGUUUGUAACUCUUAACCUCAUUGCAAUAUGGCUUAAUUUUCUUUGUGUGCUGAAUUCUCAGACGGUCCUGUGAAAUACAGAUACAAAAAUGUAUCUGAAGUUGUUUGAGGAUUAUAUGUUUUGCAUCAUCUGUCUCUUGUCCCUUUAUUUGCACAGAUAAUUGGAAGCUGAUUCUGUGUAGAUAUAAAUUACAUGUACACGUGUAGUCACUUUUGUAGAUCUAUAAUUAUCCCUUCCAUUGCAGUGGCAUUCCCCAAAUUUUCUAGCAAAAGUUACAGGUAACAGUGAACAGAUGGAGUGCUUUCCUGAAUUCUGUUAUUUGAUCUGUGUGGGCUGCCACAGUAAACUUUUCUUGUGCUAACCAUCUUAAAUGGUCAUCCGUUUUGUAUAUCUGCAUAUGCUGAUGGAAUGAGAAAUAUCUAUAUUGUUAGAUUUCAGGGUGAUCUAUAAUAAUUCAAAAUGAAGUCCAAUCAUUAGGAGGAAACAGUGAUCUAUGAAUUAUAAAAAUAACUUAGAAAUCAUACUUCUAUUCUCUUACAUUUGUUUGGGUGGGGAGAGGGAGAGAUUUUUCUGGAAAUGAAGUAAAUAUAUAGGAAGUGGUUGCUAAAUUAGAAAACUAUUGGAAAGUUGAUCUAUAAAAGCUGAUCUAUAAAGAGAUAUUCUGAUGUAUUGUAGAAAACUGGGAGUUGAAAAUUUUGGGAACUUUAGGUUAUUUAUACAAAGGGAAUAAAUAGGCUUGUUUUAAUUGAGUCUUUUUAUUAUGAAUUUGUUAACAGUAUAGGUUUAUUAUUUAUUCAUCUAAUUAUAGCACAGAUUUUGUAAUGUUACAUGUGGUGAUAUGAGUUACCACCUUUUAUGUGGGGCAAUAUCCUGGGAAUUUGAAAGCUUUUUUUUUUUUUUUUAAACUGUGUACUUGAAAAUGUCUAUAAUUUGUAAAAGUUUGUCAUCCCUUCCCCUUUUAUUUGGUAUGAAAAGAAGAAAAGUUUUUAUUAUUUUUAAAUAAGCCGUAGGUUGUGACCUCUUAUGAAGAAAGCAGAAAUAACUAUGGAAAGUGUCAUAGUCUAGGAAUUUCAUUUGUUAUUUUGACACUUAUAAAAAGGUAUUAUUUCUUCUGGAAUUCGUCAGAACUUUUAUAAAUUUGCUUAGUAAAUCAAUAUGUUUAUUCAAGACAUUGAAAAGACUUUACUUAUAUGAAUAUUAAUUUAAUUUGUAAUUUAAAAGCAAAGUGUCUCCAUAUUAUUUCAUGUUUUGGCCCUAAAUUAAAAAAGAAAAUUGUUCUUUGUCAGUCAUUUUUAAAAAGUUUAACUUUGUUAUUGAAAUACUUUGCAUUUUAUAGUGCCUUUCUUAGAAUUCUAAAACUUCAAAAAGAUUUUUAGCUUUCCAUAAUUUCUGCUAUCUUCAUGAUCUGUGUCCAGAUUUUUUUAAAAGACUAACCUGUGAUGAGAACUGUUUAAAAAUUGUUUGUUGCGUGAAUUGCCUCAGUGCACAGAGGAAAAAAGCAUCAGAAGUUAACAUACAUAUUGAAUCAGAUAAUUACACAUUCUGCUAUAAAUUAAAUUGUAUAUAAAAGAAUUUUUCAUUUUUCUAAAAUGAAAAUGUGUACUAAAAAGCUUCUUGGAAUUUCUGUCUGGAUUUGCUCACUGUUUUUAAAAUUUGUCAGUGAAAUUCAGCUGUAUCAUUGCCACCUAGUGGUAAAAUUAAAGUUACUGUUAAGCUGUGUGGUUUUAAACUUGAGUAUUUAGUAAAAGGUUCACUGCUUUGUGGCCUAGAGUGUGACUCUUCUGACUCUUUCUCCUGCCUGUGAGCGACAGGUUUUUCUUUGAUUU